AGUGCUAUCAUGUCUGCCGUCUGAAUGGUUUGUAUUUGCUAGCCGGCUCGUUUGAAAAAGUAUCUGGUGGAGGUCGAGUGGAGAAAUACAAAUCCGCCAUGGCGGACAUCAAGAACUUCCUGUAUGCUUGGUGUGGGAAGAAGAAACUAACACCCAGCUAUGACAUUCGAGCCGCUGGAAACAAAAACCGACAGAAGUUUCUGUGUGAGGUUCGUAUUGAGGGAUUCAACUACACUGGAAUGGGAAACUCCACCAAUAAGAAGGAUGCCCAGGCAAAUGCUGCUAGAGACUUUGUCAAUUAUCUUGUCCGAGUUGGAGAAAUGAAUGCAGCAGAAGUCCCAGCCCUUGGGGCAAGUGGACCUGACUUCAGUGUACCUGACUGUGGAGGAGGGGGGGAAGGAGGGAAUGUUGGCUUUGGAAGUCUUCCUCCAAGUGGACCUAUCCCUCCUCACCUGGUUGUGAAAGCUGAGCAAGUGAAUGCACCUUCUGCGCCAGUCCCAGGUGUCACUGGUUUGGGUUAUUCGGGCGGUAGCGGCAAUUUUUCCGGAGGUGGCACAAACAGCAAUGCUCCGUGGGAUCGUGGGGCCAAUCUAAAGGACUACUACUCAAAGAGAGAUGAGCAGGAGGCACAGGCGACUCUGGAGUCUGAGGAGGUAGAUCUGAACGCAGGACUCCAUGGCAACUGGACUUUAGAGAACGCCAAGGCCCGUCUGAACCAAUUUUUCCAGAAGGAGAAGAAUCAAACAGAUUACAAAUACAGCCAAGUUGGGCCUGACCACAACAGGGAUGGGGCAGUGGCUGAGGUGAUAAAGUUGAUUGUUGAUUGAAGUCUGGCAGAAAAACAUACUGGCUCCCCCAAGGGCAAGGGUUAUCAUCAGACUGGACAAUAGGCUUCUCAAGCUCAGAGGAGCUUUAUUGCUGAGAUGCAGUUAUUUGUAAGACAGCUUGGCAGAAAGAUAAUUGCCCGUGAGCAUGGCUCUAACAAGAAGCUUGCAGCACAGUCCUCUGCGCUGUCUAUCGUCCGUCAACUUUACCAUCUGGGUGUCAUUGAGCCUUAUUCUGGCGUCACUAAGAAGAAAGAGGGGGAAAUUUUGGAAGCUUUUGAGGUGAAUGUGGUGGAUGAACUGCAACAUCAGCUGCAGAGUAUGGCCCAAGAACUGGGUGUUGCAAUUCCACCUCCACCACCUGAUCCAAGUACUCCAGUGUCAUUGGUCCAAGGGAAGAUGGCUGUGUUUGAACCCUCCCAGAAACAGAGCAUGGCCGGGGUGGUGCCCUGGUCCCCUCCGCAAGUCAACUGGAACCCCUGGACCAGCAGCAAUAUUGACGAUGGACCACUAGCAUUUUGCACCCCAGAGCAAAUCAGCACUGACCUCCAUCAUGAGCUGACUUAUCAAUUGGAACAAGAUCAAAGCCUACAGAAGGUCAUUGGGGAGCGAGACGGGCUUCCAGUGAAGAAAUUUGAGGAGGAGAUAAUGGCUGCCGUUCAGGGCAGCUCAGUGGUGAUCAUUCGAGGGGCGACCGGCUGUGGCAAAACCACCCAGGUUCCUCAGUACAUCCUGGAUCAGUUCAUCAAGAGUGGGAGGGCGUCCGAGUGUAACAUUAUUGUAACCCAGCCCCGGCGUAUCAGUGCAGUGUCUGUGGCAGAGCGUGUUUCCUACGAGAGAGGAGAGGAUGUCGGUAAGAGCUGUGGGUACAGCGUCCGCUUUGAAUCCAUCCUCCCACGACCCCAUGCCAGCAUCAUGUUCUGCACUGUUGGUGUGUUACUGCGGAAGCUGGAAGCAGGUAUUCGCGGGAUCAGCCAUGUGAUUGUGGAUGAAAUCCACGAGAGAGACAUCAAUACUGACUUCCUCAUGGUGGUGCUGAGGGACGUGGUCCAGACCUACCCAGAGGUCCGCAUCAUCCUCAUGUCUGCCACCAUCGACACCACCAUGUUUAGAGAGUACUUCUUCAACUGCCCUGUCAUCGAGGUGUUCGGCCGCACAUUCCCAGUACAAGAGUACUUUUUGGAAGAUUGUAUUCAGAUGACACAUUUCAUUCCACCUCCGAGUGAUAGAAAGAGGAAGGACAAGGAUGAGGAAGGAGGAGAUGAAGAGGCCAACUGUAAUGUGAUAUGUGGGCCAGAGUACACCCCAGAGACUAAGCGCUCUAUGGCCCAGAUGAAUGAGAAGGAGACUCCUUUUGAGCUGGUGGAGGCCCUGCUGAAGUACAUCGAGACCCUCCAGGUGGCCGGGGCCGUGCUCGUCUUCCUGCCCGGCUGGAACCUCAUCUACUCCAUGCAGAAACACCUGGAGAUGAACCCACACUUUGGGAGUCAACGGUACCUGAUUCUGCCUCUCCACUCUCAGAUCCCCAGAGAGGAACAGAGGAGGGUAUUUGAGCCUGUGCCUGAAAACAUCACCAAGGUGAUCUUGUCAACAAACAUUGCAGAGACCAGUAUUACUAUCAAUGAUGUAGUAUAUGUCAUCGACUCUUGCAAGCAGAAAGUGAAACUGUUCACGUCUCACAACAACAUGACCAACUACGCCACAGUCUGGGGCUCCAAGACCAACCUGGAGCAGAGGAAGGGUCGCGCCGGCCGCGUCCGGGCUGGCUUCUGCUUUCAUCUGUGUAGCAGAGCACGCUUUGACAAACUGGAGACCCAUAUGACCCCUGAGAUAUUCCGUACUCCUCUCCACGAGGUAGCCCUGAGCAUCAAGCUGCUGAGACUAGGAGCCAUUGGCCAUUUCCUUUCCAAGGCCAUCGAGCCCCCUCCCCUGGACGCGGUUAUAGAGGCAGAACACACACUGAGAGAACUGGAUGCUUUGGACACAAAUGACGAGUUGACGCCGCUUGGUCGGAUCCUUGCAAAGCUUCCAAUCGAGCCGCGUCUGGGGAAGAUGAUGAUUAUGGGCUGCAUAUUCAAUGUUGGAGAUGCAGUGUGCACGAUCUCAGCAGCCUCCUGCUUCCCAGAGCCCUUCAUCAAUGAUGGCAAGCGCUUGGGCUAUGUGCACCGCAACUUUGCUGGCACCCGCUUCUCAGACCACGUGGCCCUUCUGUCAGUCUUCCAGGCUUGGGACGAUGUGAGAAUGGGAGGUGAGGAUGCAGAGUCCAGAUUCUGUGAACACAAGAGGCUCAACAUGUCCACACUGAGGAUGACCUGGGAGGCAAAAGUGCAGCUGAAGGAGAUCCUCAUCAACUCUGGCUUCCCUGAGGAGUGCUUGAUGACACAGAUGUUCAAUAACGUUGGACCCGACAACAACCUUGACGUGGUCGUCUCUCUCCUGACAUACGGCUCCUAUCCCAACGUGUGCUACCACAAGGAGAAGAGGAAGAUUCUCACCACUGAGGGGCGCAAUGCCCUCAUCCACAAAUGCUCCGUCAACUGCCCCUUCAGCAGCCAGGACAUGACCUACCCAUCACCGUUCUUCGUCUUUAGCGAAAAGAUCCGGACUCGAGCCAUCUCAGCCAAAGGAAUGACACUAGUCAGCCCACUCCAGCUGAUCUUGUUUGCCUCCAAGAAAAUCACAUCAAAUGGGGAAAUCAUUGAACUGGAUGAUUGGAUCAAACUGAAGAUACCGCAUAAUGUGGCUGGCUGCAUAGCUGCUUUGAGGGCUGGAAUGGAGGCACUUGUUGUAGAAGUCACCAAAGACCCUGAGUACAUCAAACAGCUGGAUCCCACAAACGAGCGCAUGCUCAACAUCAUCCGUCAAAUCUCCAAGCCCUCUGCAGCUGGGCUUAACCUCAUGGUCAACAAUAAACGUUUUGGAGAUGGUCCACGUCCUCCCAAGAUGGGCAGGUUUGACGGAGGAGGCGGUGGAGGAUACCAGGGAGGAGGCGGUGGAGGAUACAGGGGAGGAGGUUACAGAGGCGGUGGAGGAUACCAGGGCGGCGGCGGAUACAGGGGCGGUGGUGGAGGUUACAGAGGCGGUGGUGGAGGUUACAGAGGUGGGGGUGGUUAUGGAGGCGGUAACAGGGGUGGGGGUGGUUAUGGAGGGGGUAACAGGGGUGGGGGUGGUUAUGGAGGGGGUAACAGGGGUGGGGGUGGUUAUGGAGGGGGGAACAGGGGUGGGGGUGGUUAUGGAGGGGGCCAGGGAUAUUAGGGCAUUUGAAGGUUAGCUUUUUAGAUGUUGUUCAUUACAUGAUGUUUGAGUGUUUUUGGCUGUAAUGUUAGAAGUGGUUCUAUGUAAGGAUAUUUAAGUUUUACCUUUUGUCACCCCCCCCCCCCCCCCCCGAAAUCAAGAUUUUCUCCUGGUAUUAAGCAUUUAAAAUAAAAUAAAAAGUAAUUUGUUAGUUUGGCUAAUGGAAAAUUCCAAAAGUAUUUCAUGCCAUGAGCCUAAUUUUGUCAGUGAUAUACAACUCAAGUAUGUUUCCUGCCAUUUCUAAGUAAUACAUUAAAUAAACUACAUUUUUUUCAACACUGCAA